CAAACGCCAAAGAUUCACACAGACAUAGAGUAUACAGUCGAUAGCUGCCGUUGCCGUAGCUGGGUUUAUGGAUAUUAACAGAAAUAAUAAAAUCAAGGUUAACUGACUGGCGCGAAACGUCUACAUAUACAUGAACUUGUUUGUGUACUUUUGAGAGGACACAGAUUCGCCACUUCCUGUCAUUGAAGCCUGCAUUGGGUACAUACAAACUUGUGUAUGUGGUAAACUGGCCACAUUUAUACACGUGCAGCGUCUGUCGCCUCACACUCCAGGUCCGCUGUCGUGUAUACGGAGUGGUACGUCCUGUGUCAGUGACACUGGUCGACCAGUGUAUUAACGCUUUACUUCAAAAGAGGAUGACCAGCAUGGAGAAUUCAACGAUAGCCUUGACUACAGGCACGUUACCAUUGGAAGCAGACAUAUCAUCAGCAAACAUGAUGCCGUUCGGAAUAAACAUCACGACGGUAAUACCUGAGGUUUCCGACUCCUACUCUGCAUGCUCUUCAGCUGACUCUUGUUUGUGGGCGAUAAUUUCACCUUUUAUUUUUUUCAUUGGGGUAUUCGGAAACAUUUUGAAUUUGUAUGUUCUGAUACGUUUGAAGUUUUACAAGAACGCUACACUUUCCCUGCUGUUUGUGCUGGCCUUUGUCGAUAUCACUGUGCUGUGUGUCGGUCCGACCCGCUACUGGAUUCGAGCCACAUUCGAUGUUGACAUACGAGACGUUUCUGGAUUCAGUUGCAAGUUCCAUCUAUUCUUGAUUUAUUUCUCCAUGCAUAUGUCGUCAUGGAUUUUAGUCCAAGUUACAUGCGUCAGGUUUGUGAAAACCGUUCUGUUGGACAAUCGAUUUAUUGCCGUACAGAAGCUGGUGACAAUAAACAACAGUUUAAUUAUACUCGGAAUCCUCGGCGUCGUUCUAGCGGCUCUGGACUUCCACUACUUCUUCACCAAUGGAAUCAAGGACGGAGGCUGUGACUCGCUAACAAAGGAGAUCCUAGCGUUCGAGGAGUUUAUAUUUACUUACAUAGACUUGGUGGUGCUAGUGAUCCUACCAGGGAUUAUCAUGACUGUCCUCAAUCUGUUAAUUAUACGACAGAUUAAAAAACUCAAAUGUAACAAACGACUCUCCACUGGAUCUGAUGGAAGCAACAGAAUGUCGCGGAAGGGACAGCAGCCUGCCUCCAAGAUGACGAGGAUGCUGGUGUUUACUAGUUUCUACUUCGUUGCUGCCAGUCUGCCGAUCUGUAUUUACUUUAUAGUAGAUUCGUACGUUCGGCCAUGUGCCAGUCCUGACGUCGAGCAGUCUCUGGAUCUGGCCAACGCCAUCGUAUAUCUGCUCCAGUUCACACACUUCGCCAUCAACUUUUAUUUCUAUACGGCCACUAAUCAACGGUUUAGGACCGAGCUGGGAAAGAUCGGGAAAGGAGUGGAAAGAAUAUUCCACUCUGUCCCUUCCUCUGACCCGUCUACCAGUACCGACUAUCAUCUCCGAUCAGGUACCGGGGACACGUGAUGACGUCAUCACACCAUCACGGCCGAGACCACAGCUUAUAGACCGUCACUAUGGGUGACUCGUUUGAACCCAUCUCUACGGAACUUCUAAGGAGAUAAUUAUGUGAUAUGGGUCACUUUCAAAAGACAUAGGAUUGAGGGUCUUCAUCACUAUGACGACGCGUGCACAAUUAACCACGUAUUUUCGACACGAUAUGUGUGUCGAGACUGGAGGUCAAGUGACAUCAUUCUCAUUUGCGUGUUAACUUUAAGACUGGUGACCCAUCUAUAGCUAGAAAUGUUUUGCCAAAUUAAGCGGAGUAUCGAAACACACUUUACGAAGGACACAUCAGUAAAUUGUGUAAAGUGGGACACCAAACAUGUGGGCGCUAACAGCAAAAUAAUCUACAGAACAGCGACUUCUUGUAUCAAAAAUUGCUAUUCAUUGAGAAACAUUUAGAAAAGUGAUUGUGAUCAAACUUGUCCAACACAUUAUUGUACUGAUAGGUGGUAGCCAAGUAACUGUUUUCGGAUUAGCUAGCAUACCGUAAACUCACGGUUAACUGACCUUAAGAAACCUUGAGGAGAUCGGUAAGAUUCCCCAGGAGGUGGUAAGAUUCCCUAGGAGGUGGUUCAGGAUAUUUAAAGAUGACGUUGUUGUUUUAAUGUAUUUAACUGAAGUUAGUCAAUGCGAUUUAGGCGUAAUUUUGGACGAUUCUGACUACAGCUGUUGUCUUGAGGAUUGUAACAUUUGAGACUGAUCAAGGCCCUACAACUAAUUGUCAAUAUAAAACAGACAAUUGAAUCACGGUAGUGAGUAAUGCAACGUGAAAUAAAAUUACCGGUUUAAAAUCGUAAAAUGUUCAGCCCACCAAAUAGAGGCGUACUGCAGUAAGCGCCUGAGUGAUAUGUACAGUAAGUAUGGAAUGCUAUAGUAUAUACCAGGAGCUUCAAAUCAUAAACUCAUCCGUAGCCAAAAUAAAUACCUUCAUAUUUUAUA